UCCCGCGGGACCGUAAACACUUCCGAUAGUGUGCAUAAAUACUGAUUCACUCGCAAAUUGUUCAGAAAGCUUUUUGUGAAACCAUGGGUGAGGGUAAAAGAGAAUUAAUCGCCGAGCUGGAAGACGAUGAGCGAAAAUAUAAGGUGAAGGUAGACGGCGGAUCAUCGGAAAAGAAAUACUUUGGCUUGAGCAAAAGACGAUUGGCUUUAGUUGCGGGAGCAAUUUUAGUCAUUUUGUUAAUAAUUAUAUUACUCGUGGUGUUUCUCGUUAAAGUACGCUCAAAGAAAUCCAAAGUCAGCAAAUCACCUAUAGGAGGACAGGAGGAAUGCUCAUCAGAUCCCCUGAUUAUUAUCUCAAUGGAUGGAUUUCGACCAGACUUUCUUGGGAGAAAUCUAACCCCUAACAUCGAUUAUCUUGCUAGCAAUGGAGUUCGAGCAAAAUUCCUCCUUCCUCAAUUUCCCACAAAGACCUUUCCUAACCACUAUUCCAUGAUAACGGGUCUUUUUCCCUCGCAUACUGGUAUUGUGGCUAACAAUUUCAGAGACGAAAAACUAAAUGACAACUUCAGAAUUGGAGGACCGACGACAUCUGAUCCCAAAUGGUGGAAAGGCGAACCAUUGUGGGUGACCGCCAUUAAGCAAGGUCUUGUGUCUGCGUGUUACUUCUGGGUCGGGUCUGACGUUCCUAUUGAAGGAAUAUUACCCAACUUCACAUAUGCCUACAAUCAGACUCAUCCGUUUGAAGCUCGUGUGGAUAAAGUUCUUAGCUGGUUGGAUCUGCCAUCCCACUGUACCACAGAUAAUACCAACAAUGAAGGCAAACGGCGGCCCUCGUUCAUAACUCUGUAUUUCCAUCAACCUGAUUACACUGAGCAUCGCGCAGGACCAAACUCAGAGAAGACCAAUGCGCAGUACAAAAGAGUGGACGAUAUGAUUGGAAGACUGUGGAAGGGACUAAAAGAUCGAUCCAUGCAGGACAAAGUAAACAUGGUCCUUGUUGGAGAUCACGGUAUGGCUCCAAAAAGUUGCCAGCGAAUCGUUUAUACAGACGCAUACAAUGUAACUCUCGAUGAUGUAUAUUCCCCUCAGUGGUACGGAGGAGCAUUCAUAACAAUGAAUCCGAAACCGGGAGUUUCAGCGGAAGAAAUUGUGGCUCGUUUACAAUGUAAGAAUCCACACUUUCGCGUGUUUUUAAAAGAGAACCUUCCCAAGCGACUUCACUACUCUGAUAACAGGAGGAUUGGACGAAUUAUCCUAAUUCCGGAAGACGGCUGGCUGGUAGGAUUCAACUCCACUAGUGGGAUCUGGUUCUGUGAUGGUGGAGAUCAUGGUUACGACAACAUAGAUCCUAACAUGCGGACUCUAUUCGUAGCUCAUGGUCCCGCUUUCAAGAAAGGAGAAGUAGUAGAUCAUUUCCUCAGUACGGAACUUUACGGCAUGAUGGCAGAUAUACUCGGGCUCAAGCCAGCCCCGAACGAUGGAACACCUGGUAGCUUGCGGCAUCUACUGGAUCCAAGUGUCGAUAUUGAUGUCCUUGAGACUGAGUCCGACGGAAAGUUAAUGAGAACUGACAUCUGCCGAAAACCUGCAGGUUUUGACAACUGCAGUCAGUGCAUUUGUAAAUUUUGUGAUAAAAGAGCAGAAGUUAUUCUAAGUGACAAGAAGCUAGACAUGUCAGACCAAGAGAUAUCUGAAUUUCAGGCGACACACCUCCCGUGGGGAGUACCUGAGGGUGGAGCUGGUCGAGAGGGUUGUAUUCUAGCGCAGAAGGGUUUUGUGACAGGCUAUAGCACUUCUCUACGUUUACCUUUGUGGGUGGCCUAUAGACUUGAUGGAGAGAAAGCCUCACAGUCAGGAACCCGAAGAGAUUGUUUCCGAAAAGAUACUCGCCUUACCGAUUCUCAGGCCUCGCUCUGCAAACACUACAAGUAUUCGGGUGUUGACCGCGGACACAUGGCGCCGAAUGGUGACUUUGACUCUUCUAAUGAAAAUGAUGAGGCAUGGAUGGAUACAUAUCUUUUAUCUAACAUAGCACCACAAUACCAUGGAUUCAACGCAGGUAUUUGGUUGAAGGCUGAAGAUAUGGUCCGGGAUCUUGCAGCAAACUAUUCACAUGUUUACGUCAUAAGUGGUUCAAUAUUCGACGAGAAUGCCGAUGGACUCCGAGAUGAAGAUGAGAGCAUAACAAGGUGGCUCAAAAAUGACACCAGUUCAGUGGCCAUACCUACUCAUUACUAUAAAAUUAUCAUGCGGUGUGACACCAGUAAGAAGCCGUAUUACAAAGUGCCCGGAUGUGAAGGAAGACUUGGCGUCAUUUCUUUUGUAUUACCUCACUUGCCAAAGCUUCCCUGUUUCAAGUAUGAAUCGUCUUCCAAGUAUCUUCUUGAAAAUACGGCUAGAGUUCGUGACAUCGAACUUUUGACAGGGAUCAAGUUUUUCAGCGGAUUACCACCGGCGGAACAGGCGCGACUCAAAACUAUUUCACCGGUCAAAUUGUGGCCCUGAGCAAUUAAGUUGGAUGGAAGAAGUUUGAAGACCAUUCUCUUCUACUCUUAAAACACUACUCAAAUGAUUAAAUAACAUGGAGAGAACUUUGAAAAUUGAACAAUGAAGGAAAAUUAUGAUCUAAGUGUGGUUAUCCUUUAGAAAGCGCAAGCUUGCCAAGUACAAAAUCCACAGUGGUAUUUUUCCAUCCAAAGCUUUCCUUGGUACCGUUGGUUGUCAGGAGUUGUCCUCACACAUAAAAUGUAGAGGA